AUGAAUAAUCAAGAUAGAAAUGAAAGUCGAGUUCCGCUUGUAUCCUUACCGGAUUCAUAUUUAGCAUGGGUUGAUGGAGUACAAAAAAUACCUGAUAUUGCUGAUAUAAAUUUGUCAGGUAAAUCUUAUUCAAAUUAUUAUUAUGAACCUAUUUUAUUGUUAGAUAAUUGUCCGAAUUCAGUUGACCUCACUCAUUCGGAGAGACUCAAGAUCGAUGACAUACGGAAUAAUGUUACUAAGGAAGAUUUUACAUAUGGUGAUUUCAAACAACUUGGGUCCAGUAGUCUAGGAUUCGUUACUGAUGAUAUACGAAGAAAAUUAUGGCCAAAAAUACUAAGAUUAACUGAUGAUGAAUUAAACGAUGUGGGUGAAGAACUGGAUGAUAUACAUACUCAUAUACCUGAUGAAGUUUAUUAUCAAGGCUACAACGAUGUAGCAGCGACAGUAUUAAUUGUAAUGGGCUUAAAACCAGGUUUGCAUGUUCUUGAAAAGAUAUCAACAGAAUUCUUGGAAAGAUUUAUGGAGCAAACAAUGGAAAAAGUUAAUCAAGAAUUAUUUUUUAUAUUUGCUCUACUGGAAAGAGUCCAUCCAUCUUUGUUAGAACAUCUUGAAAACGUAGAAUUAUUUCCACAUUUUGCUUUGGCAGAGUACACAACGUGGUAUGCUCACAAAUAUUCUGAAAAUCGAAGUUUAUUGCAUCGGUUAUUCGAUUUUUUUCUUAGCUCUCCGCUGUUAAUGCCUUUGUAUCUUAGUACAAUAAUCGUUGCUCAUAGAGCUAAUGAAAUCUUUAAUACUACACCUGAUAUGGGGCAUACACACAAAGUGUUGUGUACACUACCCAGUACUUUGCCGUUUGAAGAUUUAUUAACAAAUGCGAAAACUUUAUACCAUGACUAUCCACCUGAAUCAAUAGUUAAGGAUGUACAUGAUUAUGAUAGAAAACGGCGAUGUAAAGAGCAAGAAUGGAAAUUAAAAGCCGAAGCCAGUAGAAAAUACUCCGAAAAACAACGGCAACUUAAAGUAUCAUUACCAAAAUCAAGACUGCCAUAUCAUUUCAAAAGUUAUCGGACUAUUACUGUCGUUACCAUUUUAGCAAUUGGACUGUAUGCAUUCUUAAAAACAGGUUCCGGAAUCAACUGA